UACAGCUCCGAUUCCAUGGUUCUUUCUUCUACUUCUGUUUUUAUUUUCCAUUUGUUCCAUUUCUGGAUAGAAUGGUUGCAUUUUCCGAUGUCGUAUUGAUUCAUUGUACAUGUGGUUCCAUUUAUGGGAACCACCGAGAGAAAUCUACAUUUCGUAUACUGCUCUUGUUCUUGGUUUGAUAUUCAGCUGUUAUCUUGGAUUUGGAUGACAGAUGAUCCAUAUGUUUCAAUCGCCUGUCUAUCUACACAAUUUUACAAAUUCUCACGGAUUCUCUGGUGAUGGCUGAAUAGUGUCGAGGCCAACUCAGUAGUAUUCAGUUUCUUCACUGUGUAGAUGUGGGUGGUGUCACGAGGAUAAACAACGAUCACUUGAGUAUACUUUACUUACACCAGGAUGCCAACAUCCGUAUAGGAGCAUCAUAAUUCAUCAUAGCUCUUUUAAUACAUCGCUUGUGCAUAAGCAUUACUCAGAUAUCACCUUGGUGAAACUGUUUCACCAUCAUGGCUCAAGAUCAAAUAAGGAACAGAUCAGACGGAACCGCCGGAAGAGAAGAGCCAUCUUCACCGCCACCAUCUACGUCAUCCGAAAGAGACCGGAUCGUUUUAGGUAGGAAUGUUGGUCUCCCCGGAUGUAUUGGUAUGGUGAUGGGGAUCAUCAUUGGCACUGGGAUCUUCAUUUCACCUGCAGGUGUCUUGAAGGGAGCAGGUGGAUCGGUAGGUCUCUCCCUAGUCCUGUGGGUCAUCUGCGCUUCCAUCGCAACAUGCGGAGCCAUGUGCUACACAGAACUCAGUCUUACCUCAGGCAAAUCUGGCGGAGAGUUCACAUUUAUAUUUGAAUACUUUGGACCGGUCCUGGCCUUCUUGCGAAUGUGGACCAUCUUAGCCAUCAUCAUGCCUGCCAUAUCAGCCGUGCAAGGGAUCACGAUCGCUAAUUAUCUAACAGCGCCGUUUUUCAACGAUUGCCAUGUUCCCUCCCAUGCUAUUCGUCUCAUCGCUACGGUCAUCCUCUUUUGUUUGGUUUACAUCAAUUGCGUCAGUGUGAAAUGGUCGUCUCGUCUUACAAAUGCCUUGACGGUAACAAAGAUCAUCGGCCUAAUGGUUCUUAUUAUUAGUGGAAUUGUCAAUAUGUGCAGAGGAUAUACACAGAAUCUUACCAAUGCGUUUGCCAUUCCAAUGGAAGUCGACAUACCCAAGGCUAUUUAUAGUGGAAUAUUUGCCUUCGGAGGAUGGGAGACCAUCGCUAUGAUUGUAGAGGAAAUCAAAGAUCCGGAGAGGAAUCUUCCAUUGAGUAUUAUCAUCUCCAUGGUAAUGAUCACGGGCAUCUACUUGCUGGCUAACGUGGCCUAUCUGACCAUCCUAUCUCCUACUGAGAUUCUCGCCUCGAAGGCAGUGGCAGCGGACUUUAGUGUGCUGGCUCUUGGAACCUGGUCCUGGACUAUCUGGGUGUUUGUAGCCUUAUCAGCCAUUGGAGCUCUAAAUGCCAUGUAUUUUGGCUUCUCAAGGGUGUACUAUGCUGCUGCUCGGGAUGGUCUUUUGCCCGAGGUGAUUGGGAUGAUCAACAUCAGAUAUCGUACACCACUCCCCGCGGUCAUUGUUACGGUUCCAAUAGUGAUGGUAUGUCUGAUGGUCGAUGAUGUCUUCACGUUGAUUCAGUAUCAGUCAUUCGUUAUGGUAGCAUUUCAAGCCAUCACUGUCUGUAUCAUCCCGUAUUCACGCUGGAAGUAUCCUGACCUUAACAGGCCAUUCAAGGUACCUGUGCUUGUUGCUGUAUUAUUUGCCUUGGCCAUAGUCUUCCUAAUGGGACUUACUCUGUAUACAAGUCCAGUGAGUAGUGUAGUGGGACUCGUCCUAACCUUGAUUGGUGUACCACUCUAUUUCUUCUUCGUUCGAUUGAAUAAACCUCCAUGGUUCAGGAAAAUAACAGGCCGCAUCACCAGAGGAUUCCAAAAGUUGUUUUUCGUCGUACCGGAAGAAGCGACUACCGCAAAAUGAGGUUUCAAAAUUG